AUGCUCGCCCCGGUGCUGCAGACGUAUCCCUGUCGUGAACGUCAGAUUCGCUCCCUUGCGACGCUCCUCUAUCCUGACGCUGCUCCGUGUCGGAACCUGACGAUCCACGGUGUCGAAGCUACGGGAAAGACGGCCAUCACCAACUCCCUCCUCCAUAACAUGUCUCUACGGGAUCCGAGGAUACGCCACGCCGCCAUCGAUGCGUCGCAGUGCAUCACGUCGCGCCAGCUGUUCGAGACGGUGGUCGUGGCCGUUUCCAACGCCCUGGAAUGGUCAGAAGACGAUGUCUCUCGCCGCUGCGAGACCCUGGCACAGCUCAAUGUCGAGCUGUGCCGUAUGCUCAAGUACCCGGGUCGAGAGAACUUCUCCUUCAUCCUCGUUCUCGACGCCAUAGACCGCACCAGGGAUGCUUCGCCUACUCUGCUCCCGGGCCUGGCGAGACUCUCAGAGAUUAUCCCCUGCCUCACAACUAUCUUCAUCGUCACAGCCCCAUCAGCACAAGACCUGCGCACCCCGUCCUCCCCGACCAUUCACUUCCCGCCCUACACCAAACCCGAGUAUAUCCGUAUUCUGGCCCUUACACCCCCCGCCGAACCAUCAAUGGUGACAGACGACAAAGACGCCCUCGACUUCCUAUGGCCACGCUUCUGCGCCGCCGUGCACGACGCCCUGGUCCGCUCCGCCGCCCACUCCCUUCCCGCCUUCCGUCAUGCCUGCGACACGCUGUGGCCUCGCUUCGUCGCCCCCAUACAGAAGGGUACCUACGAGACCCGUGACUUCUCCAAGCUCCUCGUUGCUUCGCGCUCUCAUUUUCAUGACGAGACGCUCCUCAACCCAAGCAUCGUAUCCGUCGUCAUCCACCAACCUCAUUCCUCCACCUCCUCUUCUUCCGCACCCAUAACCACGCCUGCAAAUGCAGCCGUCGCAUCGACAGAUCUAUCCGCCUUGCUCCCACGCACCGCCCGCGUCCUCCUCCUAUGCGCCUACCUGGCCUCCCACAACGCCCCGCGACAUGACGUAACCCUCUUCUCAACCCACUACCAGAAGAAACGACGCAGGAGAGGCGGCGGUCCUACGGCAACCGGUGGUCAGCGCAGUCAUCGCAAGAUUGCCCGCAAGCUCAUCGGCGCCCAUGCCUUUGUUCUGGAGCGUAUGCUGGCCAUUUUUUCUGCCGUGAGGGUAGAAUGGGGUCUUGUGACUGAGACGUCGGCCGGUCCCGGUGGCGGAAAGGGCGCCCUGGAUGCAGACGUUGCCAUGGCUAUGGCUACGCUCACCAGUCUGCGGCUGCUCAACCGUAUAGGGAUCGGGGGUGAUGUCAUGGACCGCGGUGGCAAGUGGAGAAUCAAUGUUGGAUGGGAUGUCGUGCGUGGUGUUGGCCGAGGGAUGGGUGUUGAAGUUGAUGAGUGGCUGAUAGAUUAG